AUGGCUUCGAAAGUAUUGAAUCAAUCAAAUAAAUUGAAUUUUGAUAGUUUUAAAGAGCAACCGCGAUUGACUAUCAGUAUUGAAAACCGUAUGGCAAUAUUAGCUGCUAAUGAAAACUUUUUACUUUGCGAUAUCACAAACGGCUUAUUGUUAAUUGAUGAACAAGGAAAUGAAAAGAUCAUCAUACCAGUAGGGUUUAGUGCUCAAGCUGGUUGCUGGUCAUCACACUUAAACCAGUUUCUUAUUUCGGACGGUUCAGGCAAAAAUCUUUAUGCGCUGGAUAUUAAUACAGAACAGUUACAAGCAGUUAAAAAGAUUAUUGGAGGUGUACGAAGUUGUACAUGUUACGAAGAGACAUUUAUGUGUGCCAUAGGUCCUCGAGGAGAAAAAAUUGAGAAGUAUAAUCUGUCUAAUUGGCAAUUAGAAGGUAUGUUUGCCAUACGAGAUGUUUCUCAAAUCAAAUUCAAUAGUGAUGGUACUCAUGUUGGAGUCAUACUAGAUGAUCCCGAAGGCGUUGUUUGGAGUGCAUUUUCGUUUGCUUUAUAUAAUCCUCAGGAUAUGAGUCUGUUACAACAAUCAACUUAUAUUGACGCUGGCCAUUAUUGUUGUCUUAUCCCUUUACCUCUGAACGGACAAUUCGAGUAUCUGGCAACUAUAUAUACAGAAAAUUAUAUCUAUCUACUAGAUUCAAAUGGACAACUCAAAGAAACACUUGCGGAUAAACAUGUGAAAAAAGUUAUAUCAGCAGCUAUAAUCAACAGCAAAUGUCUUGUUUUACGAACAGAGGAACCUGAUGAACUUCAAUUCUACAGCUUAUAA